CGAGCGGCAAAAAGUCAGUGACUUAAUACCAGAAAUCUCUUGGUCGGGUGCCCCUCAUAAUGAUGCAAACGCGCAGGUGCAAACACUUCCAUGUGUCUCCGGUCCCAAGUCGCGAUUUUGAUCCAUGGGAGUACAUAGAUAUACGACUCUUGGUUUCAGAUGCAUGGCCGCUCAAUUUAUCCGCCCAGCAAGCGUGGUUGUUUGUUGGCGUCUUCGCCGUUUUCGUGGCUGCGAUAAUUUUGUUAAAUAAUUGAGUAUGCAAUGAAAAUUGCGCAUUACAGCGACAUAAAUACAAUGGCUGGUCGUCUUUCCCUGCGAGGGUUUACUGUGCGUGUGUGGGGACAUGGGCAUAAGUGCCUAUAUGGUUACAAACACCUGUUCAUUCGUUUUGCUAGAAUGGGUUUCUUUCCUCACUUUUUCCAAAAUACUCGCAUAAACGGCAUUCAAAUCCGCACAUUGCUUGACAUUUUGUAAUUUGAACAAAUUGCUCGAAUUUUUGGCUAGCUCUUAUAAAUAGUGGAGUUGGUACCACUCGAAAUAUUAGUUUGGAGCAGAGCGAACGACACGUUGGAUCCGCGACAUAAAAUUCAGAGGACUACUACUAUAAUAUAACACCAGAAAAGGAUAUAUAAAAGCACAAUGAACAUCAAUUACUUUGUCAUAUUGCAAUUUCUGGCAGUUAUGGUGUUGCUAACCUAUGCAAAUGCCAUACCAAAAUAUGAAGAGAGUCAUAAGUUCUACGCGGACAAAGCACAACGGGAUAGAUCAUACUACAACGAAAAUAAAACACAGCCCAGUGAACCGCAGGCAGCUUCCACAAAGGAUAGGCUGGAACGUCUGGGAUAUACCACUGGCUAUGGAUCUCUGAAUGGAUAUCCUGGCAGUACUGGACUUUCUGCCUAUAAUCCCAUUAAACUCGACCUGGGAGGUGUUGUUUUGGGUACUCUCGUGGGUAUUGGCGCCAUUAUACUGAUCCCCAAAAUUCUAUCAGCCUUCCAUGGGGGCUACGGGGGAUACGGUCGAAGUGAGGAUAGUGACCUGACACCUCUAAGCAGCAUGAUCAAUAAAAUCGACGAUGUCCUGGGUCAGAAUAAUAUUGACUCCACGAGUUGUAUGCAGCGUGCUGUGUGUGGUUAUGUUCGUUCUACAGAGUAUAAUAUGAAGAUUGGAUCCUCUGACCAGAUGGAUGAAUUCAUUCACAUGCUAUCGGAAAAUGCUUUGGUAGACUAUCUGUUAGAUGGAACGGCUAUAAAAGAGGCGUUGGAGCAAGGAAAGCGUUCCAACGAUAGGGCGUGUGAAGAGGUGUAUUCCAAUUGUCCGCUGGAUAGUAAAUCAGCUACGGAUAUUCUGAUGAAGCUUAUGCCGAAAAAGAGCUCCCAAGGAAAGGGAAAAUCAUCUGGGAUUUCUCGAGAAAAGAAGGCUUAAUUUAUGUUGCCCUUUUUAAGAUCAAUAAGAUUGUUUUC